AGAAGCCCCGAAAGGGAGCAGAAGCGGAGCAUCGCUCAGUGCUGGGAAGGACUGAGGGGACGCAGCGGCAAGUGGGGACAAGGAGCACGAGAGAAAGGCGCUUUUCCGGACCCAGUUCCUUUAGCUACAUCAUUUCCAAGGUAAGUCGACUGGCUGUUAAGGCGGGGUAACUUUUGGCGUUGGGGGGGGGAAUCGGGGGGCGGUUGUUCGACAGCAGAGUCCCGCGGCAUUUGGCCAGAGGAUGGGGGGGAGGGGGGCAUCCCGCGAUCAGGCUCACCAGGAUCUUUCGGAAGGGGUCGAGCGAGGACUUGGUGGGGGCGGAAUCGGCUUUGCUGCCUCUGUCCCGAACUGGACAUGGCAGAGACUCCCACCCAGUUGUGCGUUCGAGAGACGAGCACACCAUGCAGUUGCGAGAGUCGUGGAAGAGCUUCUUUCUCCUCGUUUCUUUGCUCUGCGUCUCUAUCAUGCAUGGAUCGGUAACUGCUCCGGAUUAGGGAUGGAACCCCGCGAGGAACUGCUUGAUCAGGAGCAGGGAGGGGCGUUCAUUCUCCUGUGGAUAAGGAGCGCUUGCAGGAUCAGGCUAACAUGGCCCGUCUAGUCCAGCAUCCUGAUCUCAAAGUGGCCAGCCAGACACCUCUGGGAAGCCCGCAAGGAGGGCAGGAGCGCAGCCCUUCUCUCGCCCCCUUCCAGCAUUGAGGCAUCGCCUCGGGCCCCCGACGGCGAGGCGGAACAUAGCCGUCGUGACUAGUAGCCCUUGAUAUCCUUUGGGGGAGAGCGCGCGCGAGAAGUCGCUUCUUUCACUCUCUCUCAACGCAUUGUUCGCGACUGUGAGUGUGUGGAUUUGGAGUGUCUCGCUUACUCCGGAUUGAGUUCGGAGCGAGAGAGAGUGUUGCUGUGAUGUCCGCCCCUGCCUCUUUUCUGUUAAAAGCGUGCCUCUCACCCAGUGUGGAAGGGAGGCGCACCGUAGCCAAGAAGGGGUGCGGGCGCGCGCUUAUUCCGGAUUAGUGCAAGUGCCGUGUAAACGCCCUGAAACGUCUUUUCCCCGACCUCUCCCCAGGCGCCCCCAUGACCCUGAACCGCGGCGACAAGCUGAGGUACCUGGACAAGCGGCGGGGCAGCACGCCCUUCGCGGCGCACCACCUGCAGCAGCAGCACCUGCACCGGCGCAGCAUGCCCGUGGACGAGCGCGAGCUGCAGGCGUCGCUGCCGCCGUCCCCUCGAGGCGAGCUCUCGCAGCUGAUGCGCUGCACCUCCUACAGCCCCGCCGACGACGACGAGGCGCACCGCCAGGGCUGGGCGUCCGACUCCUCCGACUCCGUCAUCUCCUCCGGGAGCGACUCGGACAGCAACCUCUACAAAGUCAUUCUGCUGGGCGAGCACGGCGUGGGCAAGACCAGCCUGGCCAGGAUCUUCGGAGGGGUGGAGGACUGCCCGGAUGCCGAGGAGGCUGGUGAGUGCGGCGGAAAGGGGCAGACUCCGGGGUGGGGCGCAGCGUGGUGCAAUGGUUAGAGUCCUGGACUAGGACCCAGGAGAGCAGGGUUCAAAUCUCCACUCAGCCAUGGAGCUCCCCGGGUCACCUUGGGCCAGCCUCACCUACCUCACAGGGUUGUUGUGAUGACAAAGUCAAAAGUGACUGGAGAAUCCUGUGUGCCACGUCCAGCUCGUUGGGGAAAAGGCAGGAUAGAAAUGGAUUAACGAUAAAUAAAUUCAAAAGGUAGCAGGAGAUCUGCUGGGGAAAUGGAUCUGCAGAGGGCUGUAUUCCUGAGCAAUGUAUGGAUCAGUCCACCACCGCCUGUCCACGAAUCAAGGAACACAGGAAGCUGCUUUAUACUGAGCCUGACCAUAGGUCCACCUACUGGGUUAUUAUUGUCCACACUGACUGACAGCAGCUCUCCAGGGUUUUCAUGCAGUCUUCCCCAGCCCUCCCAGGAGAUGCUGAGCAUCAAUGCUGGGAUGGAACUUCCUCAAAGAAUUAGGAGCAUGGGGAAUGGCAGCAUACGGAAUCAUCAGAGCUAUAGGUCCAUUUAGCUCAGUAUUGUCUGCACUGACUGGCAGUGCUUCCCGAGAGUUUCAGAUAGGGAGUCUCUCCCAGCCGUACCAGGAGAGGCCAGAGACUGAACCUGGGAGUUUCUGCGUGCAGAGCCCUCCUGGAUCAGUCCAGUAGUCCACGGAGCUCAGCAUCCUUUUCCCCACAGUGGCUAACCAGAUUGUGCCUCUGGAAAGCCCACAAGCUGAUAGGCUUUCUUCAUUCAUCAUGAUUUUUUUAUUGUCUCUCUUUAAAGCCAUCUCGGCUGGUGGCCACUUCCCCUUUUGUAGUAGCAAAUUCCUCAUGGUAACACUGUACUAUGUGUGGGGGUGGAUUAAGAUCUUUACAGACCCAAAGCACUGCAAAGAUUAUGGUUCCCCCAGUAAUUCAGGAGAAAAAGAGUAUUAAACUGCAAAAUAAAAUAAUAAAUGUUUUUCAAAAUGACACAAAGUUUACAAGUAUGCUGAAAUGUUCAUAUAUCUGUGUCAUGUGAAACACCUGAUCUUAGUCCCUUGCCUUAUUUUGAUAUGCACCCGUGGGGUUUCUCCCUGGUUUAGUUGGGGAGAAGUAAUAAAAAGAGAACAGAAAAACGGGGGAAGCAUGUGUAGUGUAAAGAAUUCAAUUGUCAAAUUUCAAUUGUCAAAUUUCUGUCCCCACCUCAUUCUCUUCGUGUGCAAAACAGAGCUGCGUUCAGGCCAACUCUGUUUCAUUUGACAACACAGAACUCUAGCAUUGACAACAUCAGACGUCCGUACAAUACUUGUGGGCUUCCCUAGCAAUGGUGCUGAGGACACCGAAGGGGCACAGUUUCUAGGAAGCUUUGACCCCCCCCCCUAAGAUUUUAUGAUAUUUCAGUUCCCUUCAACCCUGACCAUUGGCCAUGCUGGCUGUGGCUGAUGGCAGUUGAAGGCCAGCAACUUUAGGAGGGUCACUGAUCCCCCAUGCCUGCUGUAGAAUAAGUUAAAAUGAUUCUUUGGUGGGGAGGGGGAACUUGUUGGAGAAUAUUCAGGGGGUUGGAUUAGUGUAUAAGUACUUGGAAAGUAACUUGGAAUUACGGUACUUAGAAAGUUUUGUAUUAAAAUUGUUGCCUUUUAGAAAUUUAUUUUUAUUAGUUUUCAAAUUAUUAUGGAACCACAGAGACAAGUAACCAACCAAACCAAAAUACUGUAUCCAGCUAAAGACAAAACAUACAAAACCUAAGCAUAUUAACUAACAACACCCAGUCUAAAAUAAUGACAACCGUAUUUCUCUGAAUGGCAUGGACAGAGAUGCUUGUAAACCUGAAAUUAAACUAUAGGAAAUAAAAUCCCACUAUACUGAAGAGAAAUGAUCUGGAUCUUCCUGUCCCUUGAGUGUUAUUUUUGUUCUGCAUUGACUAAAUUCCAGAGGUCCUUUUAAAUUAAUACCAUAAGGAUAUAGUCAGAUUAAAAAAAAAUAAUCACACCUGUGGAUAUGGCAGAUGUGUCUGUUGUUUGACUGAAAAAAGUGGAUUGAAGGAAGCUCAAAUUCUGCCUGCUGCAUUUUGUUAUUUGAAAAAUAUGCCUUGUGUGUGUUUUAUCUUCCAUACUUUGGUUGUUGUUGCUUGAAUAGUUGAAUGGCCACCUCCACCACUUCUUCCCAAUCAAACCUGAAUAAAGCAAAAUAAAUGUUAAAGCAUGGCUUGCAUUGCAUUCAUUCCAUGUCCUUUUCCUAUCAAGUGCUGUGCUGGAACUGUUUGUACAACAAUAAAUUUAGAAGGGAUGAUAAUUGGAAGCAGUACAAGGAUGGCAGAGGCUGCUUUGUUUAUGCACCAGAUAAGGAGUUGUAUCACCAUCUAGUUUGUUCAGGUGCUUAAGCUUAACUGCACAGUUAAGCUGCUGUUUUAUAUUUCAGCUGAUUUGGCACCUCAGUCUUAAAACACAUCUGCUUUUACUAGAGUCCCAGGAUUUUCAAAUGGAGCUAGAUUCCCAAAUCAUACCACCCUAUGGCUACUCUCCUGAUAGUCUUACUUUGCAGUAAACAUGCGUAAUGUUGCACUAGAUGUAAUAUUAAGCAUGUUUACUGAAAAUCAUGUUAAGAGUUACAGUCCCGUGGAGUUGUCUUUACUGGAUUUUGGAUCUGACUCUCUGAUGAUCUUAAUGCAACAAACAUCUUACAAUAAACAUUUUGUGGUCCCUUCCAACUCUACAAUUCUAUGAAUCUUGAGGAUUAUGUUAUCCUAAUGUCUUUUUAAUUUCCUUUAUAGGCAACACAUAUGACAGAUCUAUCAUAGUUGAUGGUGAGGAAGCUUCUCUGGUGGUGUUCGACAUUUGGGAGCAGGUAAGGCAUUAUUUACUUUAAAUGUUACAUAGAUUCAGUGCUUUUUUCUGGGGGGGACGCAGGGGGGCGCAUACCCCUAAACAUUUUGUGAAUCUAAGUUUGGCCUCAUUGAGGGGCAGUAUUUCAAUAUGAGUAGGAAAAUGAGAGUACCCCUAAACAUUUUUGAAGAAAAAAAGCACUGCAUAGAUUUGUAUCCCAUUUUGUGGCCCAAACUAUUUUCAUGUGUUCUAGUGCUUGCUUGCAACAAGUUAAGCAGCAUUCUGUCUAAAUUAGUAAUAUCUUUAAACAGAUAACCAGUUCAUAAAGCAGUAAAGCACAAAGAUCUGGAUGUAGCAAACUUAAGUCUGUCUGUACACUACUGUAUAUCUUUAAAGCACAUUCAAAACACACUUUCUCUCAACAAAUUAUGGGCACUGUAGUUUAUCCCUCAGAGUUACAAUUCCCAGCAACCAAUAGCAAACUACAGUGUCCAGAAUUAUUUGGGGAGGGAAUAUGUUUUGAAUGUACUUUAAAAGCACAGUGUGUACCCUGCCAUACCACAGUACUAUAAAUGCUUGCAUUGCUGUGCUUUCUUACCCCUUCUUGGUCCCUUCCAUAUCUUGCUCCAGUGCAGGUCUGGGGAAUCUUUGAGCUGCUGCAUAUUGCUGAACUAUAACACCAUCACCAUUGGCUAUGUUUGCUGGGGCUGAUGGGAGUUGUAGUUCAGCAACAUACAGAGGGCCAAAAACUCUCCACCCAUAUUCUUCUGGCUUGUUCUUUAAAUCCAAGUAACCAUUCUUACUUAGAGCUUUAACAUGAUAGCAUAUGCAGGGGUCAGCAACCUUUUUCAGCCAUGGGCUCGUCCACCGUCCCUCAGACCAUGUGGGGGGCCAGACUAUAUUUUGGAAAAAAAAAUGAACGAAUUCCUAUGCCCCACAAAUAACCCAGAGAUGCAUUUUAAAUAAAAGCACACAUUUUACUCAUGUAAAAACACCAGGCAGGCCCCCACAAAUAUUCCAGCGAUGCAUUUUAAAUAAAAGGACACAUUCUACUCAUGUAAAAACAUGCUGACUCCCAGACUGUCCGCAGGCUGGAUUGAGAAGGCAAUUGGGCUGCAUCCGGUCCCCAGGCCUUAGGUUGCCUACCCCUGGCAUAUAGCCACCUUGGUUUGGUCUAGGUUCAUAUAUACCAGGCAGAUAUAGGAGUGCCCUUUUGUGGGGAUUUUUCUGGAAGAAGUUUAAUUUUUAAAAAGUGUUUUGAUUGUACAAUAUCCAUUUCCCCGGCCAUGAGGUCUAGUGGCUUACUUUAAAAAUUCGACCCACAGUGGGAUGAUUCCUCCCCCAACUCAAGUUGCUAAAAUAGUUACCAAGUAAAAAAUGUCUAACCUAAUGUUUACUUUGUUCAGUACAAACCUAUUUUUGUUCUAUUCCUAUUUUUGACUGUAGGAUGAUAGUCAAUGGCUCCAGAACCACUGUAUGAAAAUGGGGGACGCUUACAUUAUCGUCUACUCAGUGACGGACAAAGUUAGCUUUGAGAAGGCCUCUGAGCUGAGAAUUCAGCUACGAAGAGCGAGACAAACAGAGGACAUUCCGAUAAUUCUUGUAGGAAACAAAAGUGACCUGGUCCGAUCACGAGAAGUUUCCGUAGAUGGUAAGUUACCUUCUCCUAAUAUAAACUCAAGUGUUGGGCACUUUGCUGUUGGGAGUUGGUGGGGUUCUAACAGUGAUUCUUGGGAAGAGUUUCCUAAAUCGUUGCGCUCACCAAGAAUUCAACCUGCACUGCUGCACAGAGGUGGGGGGCAGAAUGCAGGAGAUGUGAAAGCCCCAACACUGCGUUUGUGGGGGCUGGUUUCACAUAUGCAUGUUUACUGUUUGAUUGCAAGAUACAAGUGAUGACUUCCAUGUGCCAAUGGACCACUGUAGAUCUAAUCCCAAGCAGGAUCCCUGAAAACAUAGCAAUAUAUAGCAAAUAAAGCAAUAUAUAUAUAGGAAAUGGAGCCGGUUCACAUACUGUGGUGCCAGUCCAGUGUAAAGAAGUCAAAUGAUCCUUGUGUUUGUGUGUGAACCAGCCAUUUGUCACUGAAGUAAGUUGUCUAAACCUAGGCACUGUAAUCCUGGCAGCCUGACCCUAUAGAGGUUGGCUACAAGUUUGAAUAUACUGACUCAGUCCGUUGGUCCAUCUAGCUCAGUACAAUCUACACUGAAUGGCAGAGGCUCUCAAUAUUUCAGAUGGGGGACAUCCCCAACCCUAUAUGGAGAUGUCAGGGAUUGAACAUGGGACCUUCUGCAUGCAAAGCAAAUGCUCUAUCACUACACUACAGACCAUACCCAUAUAUCUAACCAAGCAGAUUCCUGAAACACUACAAGACAUGCUUACCAAUAUUGAGCUAGCUGGCUAAAUUGUCUGAUUCGGUAUAAGGCAGUUUCCUAUGUAUGUAUGUGCCCACACUUGCACCAACAUUUGACACUUGAGAUAAGUGUUUCUAGUAUCUUAUUCCUGUGAGUGACUGUAAUUUGUUUUAACUGUUUUUAAUAUUGAAUUUUAAUUUGCCAUAACCUGCUACUGGUGGAUAACAAAUUGAAUAAUGAUAAUCUCCCACCCUAUGAUUUUCAACCCUUGUAUAAUCUCUUUCCACUAAUAUUUGGGAGGAGAGCAUGUGCUCUGCUGGCACAUCAUAGUUUUAAAUAAUUCGGUGUCCUCCUUCUGCCCUCCAGAGGGACGUGCCUGUGCUGUUGUGUUUGACUGCAAAUUCAUCGAGACUUCAGCUGCUUUGCAUCACAACGUCAAGGACCUGUUUGAGGGGAUCAUCCGGCAAAUCCGGCUACGCAAAGACAGCAAAGAAGACAAUGCCAGGCGGAUGGCUAACACCAAAAGGCGGGAGAGCAUCAGCAAGAAGGCCAAGCGAUUCCUUGGGAGAAUUGUAGCCAAGAAUAACAAGAAGAUGGCAUUCAAGGCCAAAUCCAAAUCCUGCCACGACUUGUCAGUCCUUUAAAAAAUGGCUUUCAGCAGGACCAGAUGCUGUGUGUGUUUAGCGUGGGUUGUGAACAUGCCUUUGACUGUUGAAAGUGUGUGUGGGGGAAAGGACUUUGAAAACACAAAGCUGCACAGUUGGGAGGAAAAAUAUGCUCCUUGAUGCCUUACAGUUCCGAAGCCAGACUUGGAAGUAAGAAUACUGUGUCUUCAUGGGUAAAACGGUUUAUAAGCUUCAGUGUGUGCAAGCUACUGAACUAAUUUUCAUUCAGCGGCUUUGUAUGCCUGCAUUCUCACUGUGUAUAUUUGCCAGCUGUCCUGUGGACAUCAGGGAUGCAAAGAUAAGAAUGGACAAUGGUACACACACACAAAAUGCAAAAUGUAUCACCAUCAACUUGUCUCCUUUGCAGAGCAAAACUUGAAUACAUGUACGCAGGCUCGUACACUCUUCUCUUUGGUAAAUAUAUUAAAAAGCAAUGAUCUUUUAAAAACUAAAUGUGGGCUGGUAAAAGGCCAUUCAAAGCGCAUUUGGAUGAGUGAAAGGAAAAAAAUGCAGAAUAAAUAUAGUUUUUUGAAGUUUUAAUUUGCACUUUCAUUAAGUGUUUAAUUUGUUAAAUUGUUUACAUGCAGAUUUUAUAAUAAAGUAUUUCUGGUUAUAAUCCGUU